CCAAUUUCUAAAGUUAAUGGCUGCAGUUACUUCGACGUCAGUAUGAUUCUUAUGAAUUUCUGAAGAUAGGUGAGACUAAAUGUUAUAGCCGUUAAUGUUAUAGUUAUUACAAAGCCAGUUUUAUUAGCGAACCCUAAUCUGUGCAUCUUUAUGAGUUAGCCAAUCAAACUACCCAAGAUGGAAGCUGAAACUAUCAUGGCAGAAACAUGAAAUUUUCUUGUGAACACACAAUACUACUCAUUGUUUGUUAGCUCCCCAAAGAAGUCGCGAUGUGGAACGACGUGGAGCUUUUGGUCAACGAGGAUUCGAGCAGUGUCCGCUUUGGGAGUGUUUCACCAGAGGAGAAUGGCAGUAACUUGUACCAGGUGGACACACUGGUCAAGUUGUCCUCGAGCGAGGUGCAGUCAGACUCUCAUAUUGAUUCCAUCAGUGGAGACAACUGGAGUAUUCUUGUCGCUGACAAAACGGUAGUGCUUUUCGACCAAAACUACCAAACCAUGCUGCUGCUGCUUCACUUUGAAAGUGACGUGGACGCCGUCGAUGUGUGCCUGGACAGACAAUUUGUGCUUGUGUGCGAAAGAAAUGGCAACCUGCACUUGAUCUUUGUUCCACACAAGAGAAUACUCCUCACCAAAGCUUUGGUCAUUAAACCAAGCAGUGGCGACAAGAAAACGUAUCGCGCUCUCAUCACAGAGGAAAACAAGGUGUCACAGGGCCUGUACCAUGUGUUUCUGGUCAUAAAGGAUGGAUUCUUUCACAUCAACAACCUUAAUUUGGCCAGGAUCAAAACAGCAAUUGAAAAUAUGGACAUGUCCACUUUAAAAGAGCUUCAGGGAGUCAUCAAGAUCGACUUCUGCUCCACCGAGAUGUACCAUAACGAAGGCUGCAGCGACGCAGUCACCUUUACCUUGGCCAGUGAAAUCCAUUUAUUGAUCGGGGGAGACGGAGAGCACGCAGUUAGUCACUGGACCGUCGACCCUCCUCAGUCCAAGAUGUGUCUCGCUCACUCCAUGGAACGUAGUUUGAUAACAGGUGUCAAGAAAAUGGUGGUGAUUGGAAAUCUUCUGUACAUUCUCGACACAGAGGAAGUCUUGAGUCUUUGGGAUGUGGAUUUCCUGGUCAUGGUUCACGUCUGGCCGAAUGUUGCUCUUCUCGACUUUGAAAUAAUCACCGAUUGCGGCUCUGCGGCCUUGGUGGAAGGUCAAACGGAGGGCAGCGUGAAGAUGAUCACCCUGGAGAAGCAAGACAAAAGUCAGAUCAACUCGCUCAAGAUCCGAUGUUUGCCGUCCAUGACCGUUUGCUACUGCCUGGAUGUCUUCUCAGGGUCCUGCCUGGUCCAGACAAAAAUAAGCAUGGACACUAUUUAUUUCAUGGAGGGGAUUCGUAGCACCUCAGAAAGUCAAGGAGAGUGUGUUUCCUCCCUCAUUGUCCGCUGCCUGACAGAGGCUUUGCCUGAGAACAGGCUCAGCAGACUUCUUCACAAACACAAAUUUGAUGAGGCUGAAAAGAUUGCUACUCUAUUUGAACUGGAUUUAGAGCUCGUUUACAAGGUGAAGCUGGCCUUCGUGUUGGAGCAGCUGGCCUCGGCGUCGGUGGGUGGCCACACACAAGAUGAAUGGUCCGAACUUGUGGAGGAGGCCAGAAUUAACCUGAUGAAGAUCACGGAUGAGAAGUUUGUGGUGGAUUACUGCAUCAAGGCUCCGUGGCCGAGCUUCGACACGGCGGAGAAGAUGCUGAGCCACGCCGCCGCGCGUUCCUCCUCCUUGCAGAUCCACGAGGCCUUGGCCAGACUGGCGACCUUCUGCAGUCUUCACGGCCAGGACAAAUUCAACGGCAUCGCCUGGAUUGAGUUCCUGAACAGCACGGACCUGUUGGGAGACAUUCUGAGUCACCUGCGAGAUGGAGACAUGUGCGGCGCUCAACUCCUUUGGCUGAAAUAUGAGGGCCAGAUUGCAGUAAGUUUUGAUGAACGCAGCCUUGAAGCCGUCCUGGACGCCAUUCCAGAGGAUCUGCCAUCCCGAGACCUUUGUCCCUGGUUUAAGACUGUGUUUCUUCCAUUUGUCCGUAGAGUGCUCCCACCAGGACAGAAAAUCCUGGCGAAAUGGAUUGAGCAGCGGGCACGCAAUCUGGAGCUGAUGGAAAAGGGCGCUUGGCCACAGAACGGACUGACCCUGGCAGAGCUCGGACUGCCGUCUUUAUGGUCAUGGAUGAAAUCUGAUGAAAAUUAUGGCUCGGAAGAAGUGGAAGACCUAAGGACCCUGGUGUCGAACCUACGUCAGCUGCUGGACCUCCACACGAAAUUCAACUGCAGACUUUCACUUUCGCUCUUUGAGAAGGGAAAGGUACGCAGUGUUACGUUCCUCAUGCUGGACAAAGUGGCAGCUCCGGAACUGGUCGCCGCCACAGUGGAAAACAACGUCCUGCCUUACGCUGAGGAACAUGGCAUUCCUUUGGAUGAGCUUCUUCUGCAGUACAUCAAGGAUAUGCUGGAACGUUGCAGCUCCCAAACCACAACGCUUUUCACGCCAUGGGAAGCCAAAGCAGUGGCAGUGCUGGGAUGCAUGGCGGAUAUGGAUCUCAAGGUGGAUGCGGUUUUGGAGGUCAUGCAGAAAGCUGUCUUCCCCUGGAGCACUGUAGUGGAGGAGCUGGUUCAGCAAUACCUGAAGAUGGAUGGACCAAAGCAGGAGCUUUUAGAGGAGAGCUACCGUCUGAUGGAAAUCCGCAAACUUCUGCGGGGCUACGGGAUCCGCAGUUACACCCACUCAAGCCCGAAUCAAAUUAUGGUGGUAGUGCGGUACAUCUUGAAGCAGGAUUCUCCAACAUGCCUGCAGGACGCCUUGGCUCUCGCAGAAGCCUACAAACUUCCGACGUCGCAAAUCAACUACUUGUAUCUCAUCCAGCUGAUUAGCCAAGGCCAGAGCGAUGCGUGUGUCACCAUGUUGAAGAGUUUGCCCCGUGAAGAGGUCGCCUGCAUUUUGGAGCGUCUCACAUCAUGGGCCAGACUGAAGCUGGAGGACAAAGACCACUUGUCUGAUGACCACAAGAAAGAGAAGAUGGUUAUUGCUCAAGUGAUGGUGGAGGUAACGAAAUACCAGCAAGUCAUACACAAACAUGACGCUCUUAAAAGCAUGGAGUGCGAAAACGAGCUCCACAUGUUCAAGGCCAUCGCCCAUCUGCAGGAAGAUUUCGAAAUCUUCUUCACCCCUGCCAAUUAUGAAGACCGUGAGAUCCAGAAACAAAUCCGAGAGCAUCACAUCGCGGCACACGAGAGCACGCGCGGCCAUCGGCCAUCCACAACCGUCUCGACCGAAGCCGGCCUGCGUCGUCUGGGUCGGUUGCUGCAGCACAGCGAGCAGGAGCUCUGGUCUGACUUGGCCUUGCGAGCUUUGGGGACCGGCGAUGUCCAGAAAGCCCUGCCGAUCCUCAGCGAGCUCUAUGAACAUCACAACAACACGGCCACAGGCAAGGUGCUGUUCACCGCCGCCAACACGCUUUGCCACAUGCUGGAAGCCGACAUGCCCAUGGUGCUACCAGAGGACACCGACCUGCCGGCCGUCAUCUACCACCUCACCUGCCAGGCCAUCACCGUGUGCCACCCAGACUUGCUGCUAGAUUGUUUGGAGCUUUGCAAGUCCACACGGCUCGCCAUGGACAUCUUCCACCAGUGCCAGUUAUCAGACAACUACGGCUUCGUAGCCAAGGAUUUGGCCAGAGAGACAUCGAAAGAUCCGUAUUCUCAGUGGUGUUUCCAAGAUGUCUUUCAUGAAGAUUGCAUCGUUUUGGACCCGGUGUCUGUGUUACCUGUACAAUAUGAAAUCACUGACUGCUUGCUACCCGUCUCUCAAGAGACCAAACUGUACCCCCUCGACUGUUCCUGUCUCUCUCACUGCUCGUUUAAAGAUGGUUCCAACUACUUGCGGCCCAUGCUGAGUCCUCUGUGCAGCAUGUUGCAGAUGUUACAGGAGUGCAGUCAGCUGGAGUUGGCCCUUAGGGUGCUGGUCAACUCGUAUGGCAGCUGCUUGCAGCACGUCACCGCCAACGUCAUGGACCCCAAGAUCAGUGCACAGCUUUACGACGCACAAGAGCUGAGAAAGUACAACGUGUCACUGAACGAAUUGCGCAAGAUCACCACGUCGUCCCUGAACUCCAUUGCUGUGGCUCUGCUCAAUAAAGUGUUCAACUGGAGGAUGGUGGAUUGCGAUUUGGCCAUCGGGCUGUGCACGCUUCUCUCAAAGGAAGAGGUCUUCAAGAUCCUGUGGAAGUUUAUCGAAAGCACCUUGGAAAAAUAUGAGAAAAUCUUGGCUGUGGCCAGGGUCGGGGUUGAGCUUUGCAGGAUGUACGAUCACAUUGAUGAAAAGAAAAAGUUUCUGUCUGUCAUCACAGAUGCCGAAUGGGGCAUCAAGCUCGCCAAAUUAGAGAUCUCCAUCCUGCCUGUGUUUCACCAGCAACCAGAGUUGAAGAGCACAUUGAUCCCUGUUCUGGUAAAGAACAAGAGGAUCACUCCCGAGAUUAUCCUCCAGUACUGCAGCACGUACGGUCUGGACAGCGACAAUGUCAUCAAUCAGUAUGUUACCACCGUACUUCUGCUCCAAGAGGAGGAGGAGGAGGCAGACACGGGCCACGCACAAGCCAUGUGCUAUGAAGACAUAAUGGAGCGGGUCCUGGCCAUCAUCCCCAAGUUGAGCCAAACUCAGCAGCUCAUCAGCAGUCUGUCCGCUGCCAUUUUUAAGCUCAGUCCAUACAACUACGAGAGGAUUGAGGUGGUGCUGAAGCUUUUACUGGCUGCUGAUGAAAAUGUUCCCGGCUUUUCUCCCAGCCAGGCAGUUGGCCUGCUGCAGCACUUGAAGUCCUACAAACGUCUCGCUCCCCCCUCGGACGUGGAGCACACAUACAUUCUGGAGAACAGCCUGCCACCCAGUCCCCUGGAUGCCGUCAGGUUGCCUUUCCACCUGCUCUUGCAGAACAAACACUAUUGGAAGAUCAUGUCUCCGGAGCUCAGUGAGGAAACCUUCCCAACUCUUCUUCUAAUCAGCAAGCUGAUGAAGGUGAGCCUGGACAAGCUCUACAUGUUGGCAGUUAACCAAAUCUUCAAUACAAAGAUGAAACCCCUCGUCCUGGAGCAAAUGAGAAGGGGCCAGGCUCCAGGUAACAAGGAGAUCCAGAAAGUUGCCAUGACCGUCAUGACGUACAUCCGCAGCAUCAAGAACCAGGAAUGGGCGGUUGCAAACGCCUACAAGAUCACCCAGGAGCUUCCAUCAGGCUAUGAGAAGACGCAGUCACUUCGCUUUUGCUUGGCCAUUGGAAAAACAUGGCUCGGUGAUCCAAACCUUGAUGAUACGACGCGGAUCCGAGCGGAGACCUUUCUGCGCAAGCUGCAGCUGCAGUUUGUGCGCUCGGCCACAGAGGGCGCCCUGGUGCCCACUCAGUUCAACACGCCUGAGUACCUCAAGCUCAGUGGCGCUCCGGAAAAACUCAUUGCGGUCCUCUACGAGCACAGCAGCGUGGAACGACGCUUCAGGGACUUUGGAGGGCAAACAUAUCCUGACAUACACGCUGUGGUGAGGGAAAUUGUCGCCAUCAACCAAAUGGAUCUUUUGAAAAUCCACAACAUGCUGCUGGAAAAAUGGAUCUGUAAAACGGGUUCUGGAUUGGCAAAGGAUAUGAGCCACAAGGAAUGUGUCAGGAACUUCAACGAUGACCCAGACUUAAUGAGGGUGGUGCACAUGCUGCAGUCUCAACCCACAGCCAAUGCCGUGUGCCUCCUCAGCUCCAUCCUGUCUGCCGAGACCUGGCCUCUCAGCAAAUCCGGCCCUCGUCUCACCUUAUGCCAUCGAACCCGAGCGCUCCUUUGCCUCGUCCGUCUCGCCGAUGCCGACACCCUGGAGGCCCAGUUGAAGAUCCCGAGGGCGGAACUGGACAACCACCUGAAAUGCUACAUCUUUGUGUCGCGGCUGGAGGCGCUAAAUGUGACCUACACGGUGCAGUCAUUCCUCAGCAGCCCCAAAGAAGGCCUGAUCAAAGGACUGUGGAAGAAUCACAGCCACGAGCCACAGGCGCUGUGCUUGGUGGCAGACCUGUGCCUGGAGUACAAGGUUUAUGACGCUCAGCUGUGGAACGGUCUUCUUCAGAAAAUGCUCUGCUUCAACUUGAUUGGUGAUCUCCAGAAGGUACUGGAGGCAGCUGUUGCAGUGCCGGCCCUGUGGGAGAUUUCAAGUUUCUCCAGGGCCUGGAAGAGUCUGCUACUGGCACCUUUUGUCUCAGCUUCUUUACCGUUGAGUGCGGAUCAACAAGCAACAUUCUCCAGGAACUUUGUUCUCCUUCUAAAGUGUCCGCUGUUGUUAAGCAUGGAUUUGAUAGGAAUCGCCAAAGGCUUCGCCCAAUUCCAUCUGUUGGCCUUUGCUCUUGGAACGCUCCUGCUCAUCCCUUGUGCUAGCAAAAAAGAUCAACAGGUUCAGGGCUUUCUUUCUAUGCAUGACCCACUCACUGUACUGGAGCAGGAAGAGGAACUCAUGAAUACGGGAGAGUUUGCCGGGAUUCCCUCACAGAUCAGGGAGACUGUGUUGAUGUACAUGACUCAACACGGUCAACAUGUCAAGCUUGUGAAGACCAAUCACUUCACGCACAUGAAGACGUUGAUGGCGACCAGCGGCCAACCGGACCAAGUGAAGGACCUGAUCAAUCAUCUGAUCAACCACAACCGUCGAGAUGACGCCCGCUGGCUGGCUCAGGAGUACAUGAAAAAGCAAGAGCGCAGCAAUGCCACAAACGCAGGCCUCCAGAAGCAGUGAAAGUGGAGAGAAAAGUCAGUUGACCAGGGCGGGGCAAACAUUUUUGCGCAAAGACUACAUUUGAUUUAUAAAACAGACUGGAUUGGCCAGGUCAUUUGUAAAUGUUAAUUAAAAAAAUAAUAAUUAAUUCAACUUUUGUUUGCAAUACAUUUGGUUUAAGUUACGCAUUGUAUAAUGAGAUUACGAUUUUUAUAAACUUAAUACAAAAUGAAAAAUUAGUGUAAUAAAUACAACUUACUCAUGAUUAUCAUUCUUAUCACUUUAUAAGUCAAGAAUUGUUUAAUGCAGUAAUUUACAACAUGAUUGUUUGUAUUCAUGUCUUGUUCUUUAUUUUAAAUAAAUUAUUAGAUGAAUGGCUGAAACUGGGUACAAAGUAAAAAAAAAUGUCGCAAACCACUUUGAGAGAAAACUUAAAUCAACACAACAAAUAUGACUGACUAUUAUAAUCAACUAUUAAUACAAUAUGUUCAAUAAAUGAUAAAUCUAAUUGCAGCAUCCUUUAUUUUUCUAUUUUAUGAAUUUCUUGUCAAUGAAUCAACAAAUGUAACAUGAGAAAUGGAUGAAAUGUUUUUUUUAAUGGGGGUGGGGGGAUCCUAGACAAAUGCAACAAAUUGUACCGACUAUAAUAAUUACUUUGAAUAGUCAAAUUUCAUGUUUCUAAAAAGUAUUGUCCUAAUUGAUCAGGUAUUACGAAUAUAAUUAUCAAAUUAUUUUAAGACCCUGUGAGGGGAAAGUAAAAAUCUCGUAAUUUGACUCGCUACAAAGCAAACGAUUGCCAAAUAUUUCAAAUGCGGCUUCAAAAUUGUGCAAAAAUCAAAGCUAUUGUCUCCAAUGCUGUGCGCUGAAUGCGCGAAAACUACAUCCUUCUGAAAAUAAAUGCUCUGUUUUCUUUAUGCCUAACAUCCCAAAAUGUUUGAGCCCCAAAAAUAUGUGUGCGUCGAGCCAUGGGAAUAUAUCCCACCCGGGACAAGAGGUGCCAGUCAGCAAAGGGCCUUGCGUUCCUGCAAAGCGGGUGACAGAGGACGCUUGGCCACGUGCGUCACUGAGCAAUGCUUUUGCCACCCCCCCCC